AUGGUCGCUGAAUUAAGUGAUUCAUCAACACGUAUUGGCGGUGGACAUGAAGGAAUGAGAGAAAGCCGCGAGAACAUCGUGAUCACGCGGGGUUGUCGGACCGACAUCGACGCGCCGAUUUGUCGCCUCACGCUUUCUCCUCGCGGCUCACUGCCUCGCAAGUCACCCGCCCGAAGCCGUACGCUGCCGACAACAGCGGCUUUCUCACCGUCCCUGUCGCUUCCGGGCUAUUCGCUAUCCGUUACCAGGCCAUUACAGCCCAUAGCUGAAGAAUCUGUGCCGCCGGAGGCGCACAUCAAUUCGCACGCGGCUUUCGAUCGGGUUCCGCCGUAUGCGUCCAGAACUCAAGCGCUUGUCAUCGGCAUCAACGAGUACGCGCACCGUCGAUGGGCUCUGGAUGGAGCUGUUGGUGACGCCGACGACAUUUGCGACUAUCUAUAUCGCUAUCUAGGAGUUCCGGACAGUCAGGUCGUCAACCUGCGCGACAAAGCGGCGACGCAUGAAGCCAUUGUGGCGGAGAUCAAAGCUUUGAGCGCGCGUCCGGGGCUUCGCGAAGGCGACCCAAUCUUCAUCUAUUUCGCAGGCCAUGGAUGUGUGGCGACCGCCGCGGGUACCGACGGGGGCCUUCCGAUGAUCUGGCCGCACGAUGUCAAGUGUUGCAAGGGUGGUGCUGUCCGUCAAGCUAUCUCCUACAAUCUUCUCGAUGAGCUCCUGCGCUCUCUGGUUCAAUCGAACGGUAUCGGCGCCAACAUUACCAUCGUUUUUGACUGUUGCCUUGUCCAUCGCACGUCGGGAAAGCGGUCGGGAUCGUACGAGUGUUGGAAGGCAGCUGGCUAUAGACCGUACGCCAUGCUUCUCGCGUGCAGCGAAGGUCAAGAGGCUCUGGAAACGGUGACCGGGGAGCAUCUCGAGGGAGAGAUCUCAGGGGCAAAACCGAAUAGACGUGGUGUCUUCACCGGAGCGCUUCUCCGUGCUCUGAAGUCGCCGCCAAACGGAAUCGGUUCUGUCACUUAUCGGGAUCUCUUGAAACUUUUAGAUCUUGGUGAAAGGUACCGUGAAAAACAGACACCAUCUAUCAAAGGACUGAACGUCGAUCGGCCACUUUUCUGCCCUUGCACCAAUCGCUCACGACCCGCACCAGUACCCGCCUCACCCUCCAAGCGCAGGCCCUCGCGUCAAAGCUCUCUGUGA